AAAGAAAAUGGUGAAGUGUCAAUAGUUCAAACCUUAUCUUUUAAAAAUAAACAUUACUUGAAAGAAUUAUAUUACUUAAAAUUUUAGUUUAAGCUGUAUUCAAUUGUAGUAGUGUUGUUGGGAUGGAGAAUUAUACAUCUGAUAGUAGUGAUAAUGAUAGCGCUAAUAAAACUCUGGAUUUUUCGUACUUGUCGCUUGAUGGUGACAGUUUUACAAAAUAUUUAGAAGACAUAUUAAUUAAUAACAAGAAGACAUACGAUGAGAUUGAGAACAUAUCUAUACACCAUAAUCACUUUGAGCUAUUCCCAGAACCUCUGCUUAAAUUUAACAAUUUAAAAACUUUGGAUAUUAGUAGCAAUGGACUUACAGUUUUGCCCGAUAUAUUUAAGUGUUGCAACUUAACAACCUUUACAGCAAGAAAUAAUAAUCUGACAAACGAGUCAUUACCGAAAACGUUCAGUGUAAAUUACAGUUGUCGAGAAUUAAAUCUGAAUGGUAAUUGUUUCACAGAGUUUCCUGAGCAGAUACUGGAUUUGAUCAAUUUAAAGUAUUUAUAUCUCGGGGGAAAUAAAAUAACGUCUAUCUCACGGAAUAUUGGAAAGCUUAGCAACAUUUGUCGAACUAUGAUGUUAUGCAGCCUUCAAAUAUUAUCGAUGGGUGGUAACGCAUUAACGGAAAUUCCCGCAAGUGUUGGUCAGUUGAAGAUGUUACACGCUUUAGUAUUGUGCGAUAACCAAAUAGAAUGCCUUCCAUCUAACAUAACUCAAUUAAAACAUUUGAAGUCUUUAUUAUUACACAAAAACCAUUUAAGAACAUUACCUCCGGAGAUAGUUCUUUUAAAGAACUUAACUGAAUUAAGUUUGAGAGAUAAUCCUUUGGUGGUUCGAUUUGUAAGUGAUAUGACUUAUAAUCCAGCAUCCCUAUUAGAAUUAGCGGCGCGAACAAUUAAACUUCACAAUUUAAAAAUAAAGAAAUGGGAAAUUCCGCAAACAUUAACUGCCUACUUGGAGAGUGGUCAUAGGUGUGUUAAUCCUAAUUGUCAGGGAGUGUAUUUUGACAAUAGGGUGGAACACAUAAAAUUCGUCGACUUUUGUGGAAAGUACCGAAUACCAUUGUUACAAUAUUUGUGUUCUUCAAAAUGCAUUCAAGGAGGAAGCUGUUAUGAUGUACAACUAUCGAAAAGCCAUAUGAUGCGUAAAGUUUUACUGGGUUAAAAAUUUAUAAUUGUUACGUUCUCCAACCAAUAUUAUUCUGUCUUAAGUAAAACUAAAUAAUAAAGGCAAUUGUUCUUA